AUGGCAGAUCUGGCUAAGAUUAACUACGAGACGGUCAGAAAUCUUGAACUUUUGGUUCCAUCCGUGGAGGUUUCAAGUUUGAAUAGUCUUGUAUCAAGUGGCCAGGUUCUCUCUGAGUUUAGUCCUGUCCAGCGAAAGCAGAUUUUGCUCAGAUUACGCUCUUUUGAUGACCGCAUUCCGUCGUUAUUCUCAUUCUUCGAAGAUUUUAAAUGUUUUGAAAAAUGGGCACAUUGUGUGCAUCGUCUUUUUGAGCUGAAUGGUCACACUGUUCGACAGAGAAUGGACCGGGAAUGGAGACCCAGAUCAUUCUAUAUAGAGACAGGGGAGAAUGCCUAUUCCGAAGGAAGUCCCGCGGGGUCCGAUGGAUUCGACUUAGCAUACCGACAGAUUUGGCUCUUUGCGAUGCGCCACUACCCGGACAUACCCCAGAGCAGCAAGAAGGAACCCCAAUAUGUGGGUUCGCUACAGAGCGAAGUAGACGAGAAUAUCCUAGCUAAUAUGGCAAAACUGGCAUCUAAGCUCGGGUUUCAGUCCAGCAAAAUUCACGAUCUUCUUGAGAGGUCACCAGACCAUCUUAUGGCUAAGCAGGCCUUACUCAAAGCGCGCAAAAAAGACCAAUUCUCGUAUGAUGAGCAUAUUUUUGAAUCACUGGUUGAACGGGUUGUAGAGUGCUUCAAUGCAGCGACGCCGAAAAGCCAUGAUAUUUCUGAAAGACAGCAACUCCAGACUAACCGAAAGCAUCGCUGUGGACACCCUGUCAAAUCUCAAUUUCUUAGUUGCUCUCGAUCUUUCUUUCUCGCUAGGAUGCAUUGGGAUUGGCUGAUUCCCGCAAAUGUAACAGCAUUGCUAGUGCAGCGGAGUAUAUAUCUAGCUUUUUUUGGGCCAUUAUCAAGUGGCCCAAAUGAGCGCUGUAUUGCCAAGAAUCAACCAGGUGAACUACUCGCUCCAGAUGGCAAAGCCUAUGCGGUGAUGGAGAUAGGCUCUAGAUAUGAAGGCUCUUCUCGAUUCUAUGACGCUGCAGUGGAUAGUAUGAUGAAUGAUAUCAUUGACCAAGAGGCACUACCACGGAGCGCAGUAGACUGCCAACCACCAGGGACGUUCGUGACAGCCAAUAACAGAGAUGGGCCUGCGCUUGAAAGAUUAUCUAAUCUUAACGCCGCCGAGGAUACCAUGAUGAAUGAUGUUCUUGACGAAGAAGCUUCACCACCCAGAGCAACAUACCCCUCUUCAUCGAAGACAUUACAUGAAGUGCCUUCUCGUCUCAACACUGCGCAGGAAGGCAUUAUAUAUGACGUUCAUAACCAGGAAGCCUCGCUACAGAUACCAAAAAAUCACCUAACGCUGAGGACACAAUACGAAGGGUCGUCCCCCCUUCACGCCGCGGAGGAUGAUAUGAUCAAUAGUCUUCUAGAGCAAGAAACAUCAUUACACAGACCAUCUAGCGCUAAAUCACUUCAGAAUGUUUCUCAGUGGAAUAUUCCAGCCUCACCCAACCAGUAUUCAAGGUCUGAAGUCUCCUCGUCAUACAAGAAUCAGCAACGGGCGCAAACUUUACAUCAGCUUCAGGAACAAUCAGGGUUCUCUGAGCCACUUCUCCCAGGGAUUAUGCAGCACUUCAGAUCACAAGGUGUGCCUGAAAGUAUUAUAACAAACAACAAAUCUCGACCUCUUUCAUCCUACUCUGAACGGUCCUGGGAGACCCCAUCUAUGGCAUCGCGGUUGACUGAUGACAAAUUAUCCAAGGGCAGGUCAGGAGAGAUUUACCAUUGGGAAACUGGAAGGUGGCAUAUGGUCUUCAAACUUUCAUUAGAUGACAAGGAGAGCGUAGAGGCGGCAUUUGAAAGGUACCAAAUUGAGCGAUACCAAAACGAGCACCUACUUAUUUUUGAUCGUAACUUGCGAAUAGUCAGUAAGAAUUCAAUUUGGCGAGCUUUGAAGCAAGAGGGCAUACUGUUACUGAUCCCAAGGAAACUGAGAAGCGACGUCGGCAGACGGAUAAAAGCUCCCUUUUGA